AUGGCUACUCCGAAAUUUUCUCCUGUAUUUGCAAUUCCCCCGGUAGAAUGUGCUCGGUGUAAAGUUCUGGGAGCUACAUUUGUGUGUGCCACUUGUGGUACAUUUUACUGCAAUGUACCAUGCCAAAUCGAGCACUGGCCAAUUCAUAAAGAUGUUUGUAUGCCUCGGCUAGUGAUGGCAACUCCGCUGAUGGGAACGGCUCUUCGUCUAGAGGAAUGUAUAUCGCAGGUGUAUCCGAUUACGCCCAACACGGUGAACGAAAAGGUGAGUCCCACAAGCAUGGGACCGUCUCCAAGUAGCGUGGUACCAAUUAUUCCGUCGAGCACUGGAAAAUCCGUCUUGCAACAGACGGUUUUGGAAAAUGGAACCACUACGUGUAAAUCACCAUCGAAUGAGGAAAAGGCGCAACAACAGAAAACGAAGCCUGUCAUCGAAAGUGCCAACGAUAUGGCUCCCAAAAGUUCCGCCGUCGUCGCGGAGCAUAAGGUGGAAAAGAAUGGCCACAAAGUCUUAGCUUCUGCCAUGGAAAAAGCGAAUCAACAGAAGCCAGAGCUCAUUCCCAAGAAUGUGGGCGACACUAGUGUCAAAAGUGCUACUGUCGUUCCUGAACAAACGGUACAAAACAAUAGCCAAAAAGCUGUUGAUUCUGGUUCGGCCAAACCAUCAUUGAAUGUGGAAAAGCUACAACAACAGAAGGAGAUACUAAAGAAUUUGAACAGUACAAACGCCAAAAUAUCUAAAACCGACGCCGGGAUGCGCAAAGCUAAUACCGAAAAUUGUGAUCCAAAGCCAGAUCGUACCUACAAUGACGAGCUUCUGCAGCAGGGACCUUUCCCCGAGCCUGGCAGUAAUGUUAAGAUUUCAUACGUCGCGGACGACAAGAUAUACAUAUAUGAAACAGGACCUGGGCCCAACGGUGAACGAAACGGCGUUGAAUUGCUGAUAACACGUUCGUUGGAGUGUGCUCGCAGCGUAAAGCAGACUCUUUCCGCUCCACCGAUUGUGGGUGACAUCGUAUUUGCGGCUUUCGAUGGUGAUUACUAUCGAGCCGUGAUAAAAUCGGUGAAAAAUGAUAGCGCCGAAGUGUUCUACCCGGAUUUCGGCAACUCCCAAACGGUACAGUGGAACACACUGAAGGAAAUACCGGAUCCGAAGUUAAAGUAUGCCAACUGUUUGACUCAUGGCGUCUGGCUCGAAAAUAUCGCCGCCUUUACACCGUCCAUCAAAGAGUUUCUGACACAGUUAGAGAAUAUUGCAGACUUUAAGCUGAUCUCAGUGAUCGAGGUUCAAAAUGCGGCCGGUAUUAAAAUGGUAGAAAUGUACAAUUGCAGCGAAAGGUAUAAUUUAAGUUUGAAGCUGCAGGAACUUCAGGCGACGCAAUCGAUCAAGAAGAAGCCGCUGCCAGCGCAGCUGAAAUCAACGGGAAAAAUAUCCAAGUUUGUUGUUACCAACCCGAACACUUACAAACCGGUACAAAUUCAUGAGCUGGUUGAUGCUGGUAGCAUCCAAGGCACGGAAAUCGAAUUGGUGAUAGCCAAUGCUUCGAGCGUAUUCACUGACAACCAAUUCUCCGUGAUGACUAAAUCGAAUUUUGAACUGUAUAAAACAAUGAUGCAGGAAUGUGAGAUGUAUGGACGUAUCGACCCGAACCCUUACGUGCCCAAGGCCAACGAACUCUGCCUGGUGCACAAUAACGGAAUUUGGUAUCGGGCCGCGACGAUCGAGCCAGACACCGGAGGCUCCAAUUUGCUGUAUCUUGUGGACGAUUUAUGCUUUGCCGAGGAUAAAGAUAUGAAAAUCCGGCGUUAUCCACCCGGUCUGACGCGACAUCAAUUCGUUGUUGAGUGUGUGUUGGAAAACACUGAUAUCUUGCUGGGUGUAAUAGACGGAAAAGAGGAUGUUGAUGCGUUGUGCGGUAAAUUGAUAAAAGCAAACGUCCAUCUCUUGAAAGAUGAAGAAAUGUAUGAAACAACCCAUGUAACUAUUGUGAACAUUACUAAGUAA